GCAGGGAAAGACAAAAUGGAGGAAUUACCUGUCUGAGCGAAAAACGGAAAUAUUGCCUAAUAAUUGCCAAACAAACUACAUUGCUGGAUGAUUGUUUUGGUUAGACAGGUUGAUUAUUUGUUAUUGUGACCGCUUCAUUUGUAGCUACAUUUGAAUUAUACCUAGCUUUCGAAAUGUUAAAAAUUUCCAAAAUGUCUGUGACACUCUUGAUAUACGCCCUCAUGUUCUUAGGCUCCACCACGGCCAUCUCGGUUAGCUGUCCCACGAAGAAGUACGUGGUCAUCCUCUUCCAGCCAGUCACCCUCAUCUGCAACUACCAGACAUCCUCCACCCAGCCACCCCUGGUCACCUGGAGGUACAAGUCGUACUGCCGGGACCCCAUCCAGGCGGCCCUGAACCCCAGCAGUGCGGAUAAUGCCCUGUCCCAGGCCAACCCCAACUACAACCCCAACAUCGAGUGUGCGGACAGCCAGAGGACCGUGCGUACGGUGGCCUCCAAGCAGGGAAGCGCCGUCACCCUGGCAGAUUACUACCAGGGCCGAAAGAUCAGCUUCCUCAACAACGCAGACCUCAACAUCGCGCAGACGGCCUGGGGCGACAGUGGCGUGUACGUCUGCUCCGUGAUGUCCUCCCAGGACCUGACGGGAAACAGCGAGGACUACACCGAGCUCAUCGUGUUGGAGAGAAAGUCUAAUACUACAGACCUCCUGCCUGGCAUUGACUUACUGGUUAUGGAAGAUGCGUUGCUGGUAGUGUUGGUGGUGCUGGGCUUCCUCCUGCUACUGCUCCUGAUUGGGAUCUGCUGGUGUCAGUGCUGCCCCCACACCUGCUGCUGCUACAUCAGCUGCCCCUGCUGCCCCGAACGCUGCUGCUGCCCACGAGCAUUGUACGAGGCAGGAAAGGCAGUGAAAUCGGGCGCGCCCCUCAGUCAGUACGCCGUCCCCAGUCAGUACGGCGCCCCCACCGUGUACGCCCCCAGCAUGUACGCCCAGCCUACGUACGCAGGGGGUAUGAAUCCCCCCGCCAUCCCCAUGCUCCCCCUGCCCAACUCUGCAGCCGGCCCGCCCCCACCCAACGGAUACAACCGUGACUACGACGGAGCCAGCUCAGUUGGUCAGGGAUCCCAGGUGCCCUUGCUGCAGGACGGUGGAGGAAACCCGACUCGCAGUGGCUAUCGCAUCCAGGCCACGCCGGAUGGUAACCCCACCAGAGUGCUGUACUACAUGGAGCGUGAGCUGGCCAACCUGGACCCCUCCCGGCCAGGGGACGCCGCGGGGAAAUACAACCGCAUGGAUGUGAUGAGUGAGGUGAGCUCUCUCCACGACGGCCUGGACCCCAGAGGUCGGGGGCGUUCCCAGGCGCCCGCCCUGCCCACGCUCCUGGACCAGGAGGACAACAUGAGCACCAUCAGCAGCGUGUCCCAGCAGGGUCGCCGUGACGAUUACCCGCGCCGGGGGUACGGGGCCCCCCGGGGCCGCGCCCGCUCCAUGGACAACCUGGACGACAUCGGCCGCGAAUACCGCCGUCGCGACGACUACCCCCCGCCCCGGAGCGAGGACAGGCCUCGAGCGGGUCGCAGGGGAUCGGACGAAGGGAGGAGCAGCAGCGGUGGGGGGCGGGGCGGCUACGACCGUGACAACCCCAGGAGGCGGGACUACUCCCCCGACAACCGUCCCCGGGGCGACCUCCAUGGCAAGCGCAGCCGUAGCCGUGACGACCUGAUGGACCUGGAGCGGGGGCGAGGCGGGGGCGGGCGCGAGCCGUACGAUGACAGCUUCCUGCGGGAGGCCAUGGAGAGGAAGAGGCAGGGCGAGCAGCAGAGAGCGCGCAGCCGCGAACGUCUGGACAGCGACGGCGAUCGCUCCGACCGCCCCAGGGGCCCCCGGGGGCCCCCGCCCCUCCCCCUGGCCGCACCCUCCUCUGUCCCUGACCGGCGACUGCCCAGCGUCGACGUCUUGCCCCCGCCCUACAGCGACACCGAGAGCGUCUCCUCCUCCAAGAGGAGCAACCUGCGCAAGAAUGGGGCUGUGAGCAGAGAGAGUUUGGUCGUGUGAUGUCUGCACUGGGGAACCUUUUCGCCAACCAUCCACACCCACGGCUACAUCAACAGAACCUUUUUCAUGUAAACUUGUGGACGCUAACCUCUGUGUCACUUCAGCCUGUGUGGGUAGCCAUCGGUAGCAUGCAAUGUUUAUGAUUUCAUGAGAAUUCUUGGUCACUUUGCAGUAAGGCUACAUCAAUUGCUGUGAACUUAUGUAUUUGUUAACCAACAAACUACGUUACAGAUUUUUAUUUGCAUCAUUGAUUUGUGUUAACAGCAUUCAUUAAUGCAAAUUCAUGUUGGAAUGAUAAAAGCAGUUCAUGUAUUUGUUAAUAGCUAACUAAUAUGUUUUUUGUGUAGUUUGAUAAUAUAUUAAUUCUUAAUAAUAUGAAUAUUAAUGUAUCUAAUACAUUAGUUAGUGGUUAAUAGAUUAGCUAAAGAAAAGUUAAUUUCCUGCUUAAUGUAUUUGUACAUGAUUAAUUCAUGUUAAAAAGUAAAAUUAGUUGAUGCCAGUUCAUGUGCCCUUAUUGUAAAGUGUGACCAAAUUCCCUAUUGCCAUCCCAAUUAAAUGUGCUUCAUCUCAGCCUAUUUCAAUUUUAACUUGAGAUUUUAGAUCUAUGUACAUAAGAGUUUUUGUUUGGGAAUAUUACGGGGAAAAUUUGGUUUUUAGUUGAAAUACAUUUAAUUUUCUAAAAUAUAUUUCUUAUGAAACAUUUUAUGUAGUUGUAUUUUCCUUUUUUUUUUACUGACUAGUUAUUGAUAUUUUGUAUUGUGAUCAUAUGGACUUUAUCUCCUGAAAUGAAGAGAUACAACUGUUCACUUUUAAAUAAAAAAUGAAUUGUGCUUGUUUUUCAGCUGAAAAAGAAUCAGAAUCAUAUUGCCUUGUUGUUGAGGUAUUCUCUAUGCUAAAGAUUCAAUCAUUCCGGCUUUCUUUAUCAAUGGCUGUGGUCAGGUUCUAGAGUUUGGCACAUAAAGAUGCCAUCACCAAAUACUAACAUUUCACUAAUAAAGGCAGUUUCCUGAUAUCUUAAUCUUAAGCUUCCUUGUAAAUUAAAAUGUUUCACUGAUCUUUUGUGAUCCUUUUUCACUAAUGAGGUAUAUUUUAAGCCUUUUUUACUUGUAUACGCUAAAUAAAUUCUUGUAUGUUAAUAGGUGUUUUUUUUCAGUAAUAUCCCUUAUUAUUACCAAAGAAUAAAAGUAAUAAUAAGCUGGCUUAUUCAGGUCCGAGGGGAUAUAACAUGGUAUUAAUUGGCUUGAGUGUGUAUGUAUAUUUGUACAGUUUUAUGAUUGAACAAACAUUCAAUAAACCUAAAUGUGUCCAGUGCUGUACGUCAAACUUCACUUUACAAUAAAGCAUUUUUAAAAGUC